AUGCUUCGUGCCUUUAGUGAUGUGUUCCCAGGGGUGCAGCCCUUGGCUCAUGCUGGGCGACGGGGCGAGGGUUUUGCUUUCAGCUGGAUACAGCUGGAUUCAGCUGGCCAGGAGCCGCAGAGACGCCGUUCCAAACCUGUGGUGCACCUUCCUCGCAGCGCCACUUCAGCUUCUCCAGAGCGGCGUGCCGGUUUGGGUGGUCGGGCUCCCUUGCCCCUUGACUCUGAUGCAUUAUAUGAAGGCUGGGGGAGAGACAUGGGAAGCUGGGUGGGAGAACCAUGUUGCAGUGCUGUGUCCACGAGGAAUAUGGGCAAGGAUUGUGGGAUACAGAAGCAAGCAAUUCUGCUGGCCAGAGGAGAAUUUGACAAGCGGGGAGCGGUUCCUUAUGCGUCAGCUGUUGUGUCCAGCAACAAUGCGUUGCUUGGCUUCAGUGAUCCAUCAACGGUUCAACGAAAACCUUUCAGUGGGCGGCAUUGGGUGGUGUUGGAAGACGAAAAAAACAAGACACCGUGCGAGCAUGAAGAGAACUUGCGCACGCUCUCACGGGUCUCACAUGUCUCACUGCCUUGGAGAGUUGCUGGGGUCAACAAUCUCACCACUCACGAGGUUUCGCUGUUGGAGGGGGAGUUGUUGCGGGAUGUCAGCAUCGGCAAGAACUUUGAUGCGACCGCCAUCCAGGAGCAGCUGGAUCACUUUGAGAAGCAACUCCGCGCCGCCUUGGCCCAGAAGAGGACUGGCGAAGGCAUGCGAGAUGUGAGGCAGAAAGAAGCAGAGGAGCAGCAACGCUGGCGCUUGCAACACCUGCAAUCGCGUCCUCAGGCCGGACAGUGCCCAGCCGAAGUGGCUUCCUUUGGUAGUCCUAUGGCAGUCCUAUGGCAGUCCUAUGGUUUCUUGCGAUUGGGGAUGGUGGGCAGUGCGCUGCCUGGAGAUCUCAAUGCCUUUCAGCGGCAAUCAGUGCAAAAGUGUGCAGCAUGGCAAUCGAAUCGCACGACCGAUGAAAAGCAGAUCCAGCGCCUGCCAACAGCACAAGCCGCUGGUGAAGCAAACGUUGCGGAGAGUAGGCUGCCGAGCUUUGCUGGUCAGGACCUUGCAGGUCCCCCUUCCUAUGCCAAUGGAGAGUUGUUGCAAGGCCAAAGGGGCCAACGAAGCCCAGAGGCUCCAGAGGCGGAGAGUAGGCUGCCGAGCUUUGCUGGUCAGGACCUUGCAGGCCCCCCUUCCUAUGCCAAUGGAGAGUUGUUGCAAGGCCAAAGGGGCCAACAAAGCCCAGAGGCUCCAGAGGCGGAGAGUAGGCUGCCGAGCUUUGCUGGUCAGGACCUUGCAGGCCCCCCUUCCUAUGCCAAUGGAGAGUUGUUGCAAGGCCAAAGGGGCCAACGAAGCCCAGAGGCUCCAGAGGCGGAGAGUAGGCUGCCGAGCUUUGCUGGUCAGGACCUUGCAGGUGGAGCCACUGGCUGUCUGGGCUUAGGGAGCACAGGGGCCAAAGCGAAAGAACUAGUGGCCCCAGAUGAUUCUGUGGAUACGGCUCCAAGAAGGCCAAGGCGUGAGCUUCUGUGUUUCGAAGAGGAGGGAUUGUUGGAAGGCAUCUCACAGCUCAAGUCUGAUACAGUCCGUAGACAAGACCUACUCACAAAGGGCACCGAGGAGCUGGCACGGCUCAAGUUACUCAUCAGCCUGGGCACGGACCGUCGUCGCUGCCACCGCUGUGACUUGGCCAUUUGCUCUUUGCGCAGUCUGUUGAGCUGCUUAGUGCAGGUCUGCGAAGCCACAGAAGUCAAUGAAGGUGAUGCAGAUUUGCUUGCGGAGAUGGCAAAGAUCCUGGCCUCCGUGGCACACGUGGACGCUCAACUGGCUGAGAUGGCUUUAUGGCUUGGAGAAGUUUUCACUCAGUGAGCCCACAUGACGAGCGUGCGAGAGGCACUGCGCUUGCCGCCCCAUCAGAUGCGUUGGAGAUUCUGCAGAUCUGUGACCUCUGAAUUCGCCAGGUUUGAACAUGUUUGAACAGCUCUGUUGAAAGGGAGCAAAGGCCUCCGUUUCGCACGUGUUUUUCUGGCCAAGCUCUAGGUCAUUAGAUGUCAUUAGAUGUCAUGAGUCUGGCUCGUGUAGACCUAAGAUGACCUAAAUUGUGACCGCUGUGCUGGUGACAUCGCAGCAGAGAGUCAGGUGUUGGUUUGGUGCCAGAAUGUGAGAAUGUGCCAGAGCUAUAGACUUGGUACUUCUCCAAGAAUUCGCAAUUUUGGGACAGAUCUGUGAUUUUAGGAUGAAAGAUGAGAGCAUGAUGAGAGCAGG